CAAUAGGAACGGACUGAGAAGAACAGAGAGAGGAAUUUGGACUUUUCCCCACUCUUGUGUGCACCUGUUGUCAUGGGAGAAGAGAUGGAGCUCAGAAAUGGGAGCCUUCCUCGAGAGGAGGGGGAGACUGUUGUCAUGAUCCCAACAAGCACCACGGGGGUUGACCCCCCCACCAAGCCCCCUCCUUUGCACCUGCACGGACCCCGCAACCUGGCGAUCACGAGCAUCAUCUGUGGCUGUUCUUGUAUCGGAGUCCUCGCACUGAUCUAUGCAAUCAAGGCUAGCGAGAAGCUAAAAGCUAGUUCCCAGGUUGAAGCAGAUUACUGGGCCCGGAGGUCCCGGGUUAUGUCUUACCUAAGUAUCGUCACCUGGGUGCUUCUUCUCAUUCUGCUGCCCUUGUUAGUUAUCCUCCUUUCUUACAUCUUCUCUAAAGCAGAAUGAUGAACCCUGCAAACAUGUGACUUUGGACUACCAGGAUCACCUUCUCUUGCUGGAUUUUCUUCAGCAGGAUAUAGCCUUAAUGCGAAUUAAGCAUUACAACCCACUACGGUGCCUCUCAGUUCAGUUGGCUUUGUGGAGAUCAGAGAAGAGACACCGUGGAAAUGGAGUUGCUUCCUCUUCUA